CUGAUAAACAAGUAGUCACUCAUUUUGAACAGUCAUACUUUUCAUGCUUUCGUACAUAAAGGCAUAAUGGAUUUUAACUUAACGCUCCCUGCGCGCGACAUCACCGGUUUGAGCGCUCUGGCGCGGACACUUUUUGGGAAUAACUCUGAGUUUUCAUUUGAUAACAACACGGACGCUACUAAAAUGGAGGCUGAAGACUUAGAAGUCAACACGGACGUUUACUCCAAAGUGAUAGUCACUGUCAUCUACGUGGCUCUGUUCGCUGUGGGCUCUCUGGGGAACUCCAUCACUCUGUACACCCUGCUGACCAAAAAGACUCUGCAGAACCUCCAGAGCACCGUGCACUACCACCUGGCCAGCCUCGCUGUCUCCGACUUGCUGAUCCUCGUACUAUCCAUGCCCAUCGAGCUCUAUAACUUCAUCUGGUUCCACCACCCGUGGGUGUUCGGGGACGCUGUAUGCAGGGGUUACUACUUUCUUCGGGACAGCUGCUCCUACGCCACCGCUCUUAACAUCACCAGCCUGAGCGUGGAGCGCUACAUGGCCAUCUGCCAUCCGUUCAAAGCUAAGAGCAUCAUGUCCCGCAGCCGCACCAAAAAGCUCAUUACCGCCAUGUGGAUCGCGUCCUUCGCGCUCGCCACGCCAAUGCUCUUCAUCAUGGGCCAGGAGAUGCGUAAAGGCGAAAAUAUUUGCACCGCUAUCGUCUCCACUAUCACCAUGAAGACAGUGCUUCAGGUAAAUGCGUUUCUGUCCUUUGUGGUACCCAUGGUGGCCAUAUCCGUGCUGAACGGGGUCAUAGCCAAUCAGCUGCUGCAAAUGUUCCGUGAGGCGGGGCAAGACAACCGUGUCUGCAUGAUCAGGGGAAAUCCCACCAUGCUGAAUGUUGCUAUGGAGCCCAACCGCGCUCAGUCACUUCGCCACGGAGUUCUUGUUCUCCGAGUGGUGGUCAUAGCCUUUGUGGUCUGCUGGCUGCCCUAUCACACUCGCCGGCUCAUGUUUUGCUACGUCACCAACUGGUCCGAUGACCUGUAUGACUUCUACCACUAUUUCUACAUGCUGACCAACGUCCUAUUCUAUGUCAGCUCCGCCAUCAAUCCAAUCCUCUACAACCUGGUGUCGGCCACCUACCGCCAGGUCUUCUUCUCCACACUGCGCUACUUCUGUUUGCCCUGUCGCCAUACGCCCAGGAGGCAUCGCAACCCGCUGACCCGCCACUCCAUCAGCAUCUCCAGCAACCACACCCUCUCCACCAACAUCAUCAGAGAGACUGCAUACUGAUAGAGCUGCAACAGAAAACGCUUAAAACAACCCACUGCUGCUACUUUGUGAUCACUGGUCCAACUUCAUCAAGGAAAUGUUGCUACUGGGUUGCAGACUGUUAGCACAAUCCGAUCCAGUGCUGGCAUCAUCAUUGUCAUGUGGAGCCAAGUGCCCAUCCUGGGAGCACCGUUGCACACUUUAUUAUGCCUCAUUGUGUGUUGUAUCUUUGAGCAUAACAUGACUUUAUGUGUACAGUAUAUGACAUGACUAUAGAAGAAUGAUGAAAGGAAGGAAAAACAGACAUGAACAGACUUCAUCUUUAAAACGGACAGUGGUAUGUAAAUGUUUUAUAAAUGAUGUGUCUGUACAGAUUUUUUGCUGAGCCAAUCAUUCACACUUGCUUUGUUAAAUGAGUGUGAGGGACUUUUUAAGCAUCAACUUAUAAAGCUUCUUUUUAAAAGCAAAGGACCUCUGGCAGCACUUUAACUAGUGCUAGAGCUCUGAUAUAGCGUUCCUUUGUGCUGUUUGGGGACAGCAUCUGUGGAUAAAUCUGUCCUUGAUGUUAGAAAAAUGGGGGACAGAGAGCAGGUAUUUCUUUGUCUUGCUUCAGCUUAGCGGUAUUAGAAGAAUUCCUCAUUGCUCCUUGCCUCUCUUGACUUUGUCACAAGCAGCGUUUUAACAAAACUAAUAGAUCAGCUACAAAGAUAAUCUGGCAAGCUGCAGGGUGUCCUCAUCACACUUCUUAGACUCUGAAUGGCAUGGGCUUUGUAAAUAUUUGCAGACAUAUAUUAUGACUUUCUGGUAAGAAUUGUCUGACUUCAUAAAAGCUAUUUAAAAAGUUAGAUAGGUGGGUAGACAAAGGCGAAGUAGCUUGAUUAUUUGUAGUAUUUGUACAUAACAGUAGUAAUCAUGUGCGAAGAACAAUAAAUGUUGGAAAGGAGUUGAUGCACAGACACAAGCGUGCGUACCUGGAACACAGUGGUGGUCCUGUGGGAGCAGAGAAUGGAGCACUUCAACACUAACACAGAGCGCCUGCUGCAGUGUUUUCCCACCAGCUGCUGCUUGACAAAUCGGAGGCAGGCAGAGAUCUUUGCUCUAUUCCAACAGGAGCAACAGAAAGAUGUGAAACUAUCUGGACUCUUGCUACAGAAGAUUAGUGAAUUGCCAUUUAUCUAUGAUUCAGCAGCUUCAUUUUGAAAGACUACUGUGUGCCAAGUAGCAGAAAAUGCUUUGAUUUCAUCCGCUAUACAGCCGUUUCAUUCCAGUAUAAAAGUUUGACCAGCAAUGCAUUUUCUACUAGCCUUUGACAGAUUAUUUUUAGCACAGUGCAUCAGCCCAGUAUCCCCGCACAUAACGUCCAUGCUGGCUGAUUCCAUACCUCAUUAUUUACAUCCAGUGCUGACUUUAAGUGUCAGUUCAAGAAGUUGUGUGCCAUCUUGUGUAGCGAAGUGGAAAAUAACCUUUUGGAGGUCGAGGUGACCACAGACCUGCAGUCAGUGAAUGUCUUUUAUAUUAACUGUGAGUACAGAAAGGGGAGGCCUCACUGAUUUCAACUUGCUACAAAUGAAAAUCAGUGGCUGCAGUAAUGCAGUACCAGCAUCGGCUGAAUCAGUCAGUAUUUGCACUGUUUAAAUUAUCGAAGCCCUCAUUUUUACAUGCACAAUUUUAUGUUUGCAAGGUUAAUUACCACAGGUUAUGUAAAUAUAUCGUGUUUCCAAAGUCCUAUGAAAGGGUCCAUUAGUAGUCUUCUUUACAAAAGAGGCCACUGCAAUGGUAGUGGUUGCAUAAUUUCAUCAUUUGCCCUGGUCUGCAAGAGACUGUGUAGAUCUUUAUGUGAACUAUCCACACUGCUGAGCAUGCACCAGAAAAAUAAACUGGAUACUUAUUUCAUGCACUGAAUGUUUGUAUCAUGUUCCACGUCCUUGGUCCUUAUCUAGUUAUGCAGCCAUGUACUUUUUUCAUGUUAUUCAGCCACAUAGUAAUGUUUUUCUAUUAUUUCCCGCUGUGAUCUGAGUUGUUCCGCUGUACAUGUUGAGAAAUCUCUGUCCUGCAACUUGUCCACUACAGCUUUGAAGAGGUCAGCAUUUGCUUUCUCUCAACUAAAUUUCCAUGUAGCCUAUAUUUACAGUAACCUUUUCAUUACUGAAAGGUAAAGUCCUGUCUUUUCAUUGCUCCAAAAGUGAUGGUUUUGUUACUGACAUCACAUGGAUGCUGCAGCCGCACAAGUGCAGAUAAGACAUAUUGCAUACAUGCAACAAUAUCCCGGAUUCUUUUGGAGUACUCCAGCUAGCAUAUUUAGGUUUCUCAAAACCAAAAUAGGAGCUUUUCCAGGUUUAUGAAAUUGGGAUAUGAUGUUUAAUGUGCAAACGCAAAAACAUGAUACUUCAAAAACCUGAUCACAACCAGGAUACUUAUAUACAGCUUAUACACAAUGAAAGAGUGAUAUCAAAAUGCUACAGUCGAGCAAAAUGAUCAACAGAGAUUAAAAAUAAUCAUAGUUUUUAUGUUGUGUUUAUGUUUUUCACAGUUUACAGCUGUGAUCUGUACUGAAAACGUGUUAGCGGUAUUUUUGCAGCACAAGUGUUGGGACACAUUGGAGAUUUAGUGGGCAAAAGGAAAUGUGGUUUAGUUAUAAUGAAUGUUUUUAAUAUAAUGUAAUUAAUUAAUAUUGGUGACAGUUGCUAGCUGUACGUUGUAUUGGCUGAUAUGGCUCUGUUCCUGUACAGUACAUUGUCUGUGUUGUCGUUGAAUCUGUGGAGGCUUUAACCACUUUAUAUUGGCUCCAUUACAACUUAUAACAUAAUAUUCCCUAACCCACAGAUUUCCCAGGCAUUCAGACAGCAUAUCAUACUGAAUGAAAUAUAUGAAAACAUACUGUACAGCCCAUCAAACUUGACAAACCAUUCAAAGUGCACAUGCAGUCAGUAACCUGUUUUGUGUAUUCUUUACUUUGCAGUACAGGCCUCUACAUGGAUGUGUUAUAACUGAAUGUGCUUUGGUCCAGUGUUCAGUGUAUUUAAAUCAAACAUUUUGCUUAUUGUAAAUGAUGAUUCAGAUCAGCCAUCUUUUACUG